UCGACUCAUUCACUAACGACACAUUACUACUAGCGCACAAGGUUGAAGGUCGGACAGACAGAAGCUGUCUACAGCUAAACGGGUAGCGGAGGAUACCUACCAUAGCCUUACUUUAAAGCUUUCAGCAUUGAUUGUAAUUAUUUAUAACAUAUAAAAUGCCAAGAGGAAGUCGUAGCCGAACUUCAAGGAUGGCUCCCCCAAGCUAUUCCUCCCGUCCGGCACCACCGCCAGUGGCCAGAGCAGCACCUCCACCAGUUCCUGCACCUGCUCCUGCAUCUGCUGUGACUACACCUGCUACAGCUCCCAGACAGCCAGGUCUGUUUGCCCAGAUGGCCAGCACUGCAGCGGGCGUUGCUGUUGGAUCCGCUGUGGGGCACACGAUCGGCCAUGCCAUGACGGGCGGCUUCAGUGGCAGCCACUCUGAGGCUGCCAGGCCUGAUGUCACCUAUCAGGAGCCUUAUCAGCCUCAGUACCAGCAGCAGCCCGUGUAUCAGCAGGAGCCAUUGCAGCAGAAUCCCUGUGCCUAUGAGAUGAAACAGUUCCUCGAAUGUGCACAGUCACAGAGCGACCUCAAACUGUGUGAAGGAUUCAGUGAGGUGCUCAAACAAUGCAAAUUCUCCAACGGUAUGCCCUGAGACCAGAAUGGAGACAUCACUUAGGACUCUUUUUAAUUUACACACAUUCAGAACAAGGAAUACUUUAGAAACGCAGUUUAGGAGCUGUAUGCAUUUCUUAAGAAGAAUCGUGGCAUAAUUGUUCAAGACUUAUUUUUGAUUUAUAUAUAUAUUGGUUAAUUUACUGAAAAUUUCAGAAUUGCAUAUUGUACGUAGUUUCAGAAGAUUGCUGUACAUGUGUCUGAACAAAAACACAAUAAAGCUUAACCACUGUUUCAUCAUUGACAUGGUGAAUUAUGGAA